GCGUCCUUCAGCGUCACCGCCCAGAUGCGCAGCGCCUGGCCAGCCACGCCCCUCGCGGCGCAGUCGCUGGAGUUCAUCCGCGACGUGGACGCCGCGGAGGCGGGCGCCUUCCUGCGGGCGCUGGGCGACGGGAGCGGCCUCGCGGCCUCGGACGGCGGGCUCGGGGUCGCGGAGGGCCUCCUCAGGUCGGCCUCCGCCCGGUCCUUCCACGAGCUGCUGGCGCGGAACUCUUACUACUCCCCGCGCAUCGAGGCCAGUCGCUCCCUCGGGCGCCAGGAUCGCCGGGCUUUCGGCUCCGCCUGCGCCGCGGGCGCCGCCUGGGCGCUGCUGUGGGUGGCGGGCGCCGAGGCUCCAGUCGCCGCCUGUGACGCGGCGGCACUGCGGAGCGCUCUGGGAGGCGCGCACCCCGCCGGGGUGGUGGGCUUCGUGCCCUGGGAGCUCGACCUCGCGCUACGGCGCGGCUCGCGGGGCUGCACCGCGGUGGUCUACGGCGCCGUCAGCGCCGGGGGCCUGCCCAGCCUAGCGCCGCUGCUGGGCGAGGUGGACGCGCUGGGCGCGGCCUCGCCCUGCGGGGCCGUGUUCCGGCACGCCGACGGCCCGGCCGGCGAGCAGAGCGGCGGGGACGUGCUCACGGGGUACGGUUUCGAGCUCGCGAUCAAGAGCAGCGAGUACAAGACGCACGCGGACGAGAAGCAGGACGGCGAGGGCGAGGAGGCCGGAGACAAGGGCGGCGGAGAUGGCGCCGAGGACGGCGACGUGGAGGCGCAGGACGACAAGGAGUUGGACGGGCCGCUGGAGAUCGACGGGCUCCUCCUCCACGUGCUGCUCAAGCGGCCCAAGGGCGUGGUGAGAUCGCGCCUGUGGGCCCUGAAGGAGCAGCUGGAGGCCGAGCGCGACACGGACACGGUUCUGAAGGCCUGGGAGAUCAAGGACAUCGGCCUGCAGGCCGCGGCGAAGAUCAAGUCCUCCACGACGCCCCUGCUGACGCUGAUGCGCCUCUCCCAGAAUUUCCCCGCACACGUCGCGGGCCUCGCACGCAACUCCGUGCCUGAGUCGCUGCGCCGGGGCAUGUCGAAACUGCGCAACACCAUCCAGGACGGCGGCGAGGUCUUCAGCGUCAACAACCGUCUGGUACGCCCAGACCACUCCGACCUCUCGCUCUUCCCGAUGAUCAAGACCCUGCAGCCCACAUUCGUCGGGGUCGAGCGCAUGGUCCGCGCCGGCGCCUCCGAGGCGCUGGCGUGCGAGAUGUUGCGGGAGGGCACGGGUGUGUCCCCGCCGGAGAGGCUGGACUGGCGGUCGCCGAUGCUGCCCCCGACGGUGUACACCGUCAACAGGGACAAGAGGGCGGCCCGCUGGCCGCUCGCUCUGCAGAGCAUGCUGUCCAUGUUCAUGGGCGGCCUCAUCCCCGUGCGCCUGCCGCUCUACACGGUCGUCUUCACCCUGGACCCCGCGGACCCGGCGGACCUGCAGCAGGCCGCCGAAUUCCUCGAGUCGAUGCCCCUGCCGGUGAACGUUCACUUCGUGAUGCUCCCAGGCGGUGCACGGCCUGCUGCCGCGGCCGAGUGGGACGAGGACUUCCUGGGCCAGGCCCCCGCCUGGGUCGCGAGCGCAGGGGCUGAGGACGGCGCGGCGGCCUCCACGAGCGACGGCGCGUCGGUCGCCAUCGCGGCCUCCUUCGCCCACAUGCUGGCGAUGUCGCCCGCCAAGGCGCGGAAGUACGUCAAGGCGCUGGCGGAGCACGCCGCCCUCUUCGCGGAGGAGGGCGGCAGGUGGCCCGACACGCAGGAGGGCGUGGACAAGAUCCGCCAGAUCUUUGUGGGCAUCCUCGGGGUGGACGACCCCGAGUUUUGGGAGACCGUCCUCUCGACAGCGACAGGGCGUGGCAGCGCCGUGGCGAACGCGACGGAGUACGUGGCCAGCCUCGGCGUUCCCGUGCCCUCCUUCCUGAUCAACGGCAAGCUGAUGCUGAAGGACGCCUACGAGGGGGAGCAGGGGAUGCAGGCGAUCUACCAGACGAUCGCGAUGGAGCAGGGGAUGUUUCAGAAAGCGGUGUACAUGCAGCAGUUGCUCUCGGGCGACCAGGUCGAGGGCUUCCUCGAGAGCCAGGGCUUCCUGUCGGCCUACCACGCUGACAUCACCCCGGAGGUGGCUCAGCGCGGCGGCGAGGACGGCAUGCCUGGGCACACCGCGGAGGUGGCCUACCUGCAGUGGCCCGGCGAGGCGUUCCUCGCGCAGCCGUUUCUGGUAUCCGUCGAGCUGGAGCCGGAGGGCGACGCGGCGCCGACCGGGCGCCUGGGCUUCUACCACGUCACCGUGCUGCGGCGGCUAGGCCAGGCGCGCUUGCUGCACACCUUCGCGUCGCACAUGCUGAGGCCCGACCGCGCGGCUCUGGAUGCCAACAAGCAGCUGAAGGUGCCGCCCUUCGCCUCCCACUGGGCGCCACUGGUGGACGCCGAGGACGGCGGCACCGCCUCUCCCGCCCUGGCGGAGCUGCGCGCCUGCCUGGGCGGUGCUCUGCAGGUGCGGGCCGACGGCGAGGAGGCCACCUACAGCCUGAACCGGCAGCGCCUGCUGCUGUUCAAGUUCCUCGGCCAGGCGCUCCCUGCCGCCCUGGGCACCGCCAGCGACCUCCCAGGGGAGCGGGUGCGAGAGUUGUGCGAGCUCGCGGUGGAGAAGAAGAUAGACCCAGACCACCGGGCGCUCGUGCGGGGCGCGAUCGCGGCCGCCCGGUCGGCCGAAGGCGCGGCGCGGCUGAGCGGGUCGCCGCUGUUGGCGGCGGCGGCCGCGGCGGCGGGGGAGCGCGGCAGCGCGCUGUGGGUGUGCAACGGGCGCCAGGUCUCGCUGGCGGCAGGGGGGCAGCCGAUCUCCGCCAGGCACGUGCAGGCCCUGGAGCUGCUGGAGGCGCAGUACGACGUCAGCAGCCGCGGGGGGGGGGCGGCCGAGGACGACGAGGACGGGGAGGCGGCUCCGCAGUCGACGAAGGCCCUGUUCGAGCUCGUGGCCGAGGAGGCCGCGGCCGGGGCCCUCGAGGUGCUGUCGCCGCAGGCCCAGGGGCUGGUGGCCGCCAUCCGCUCCGAGGCGCUCUCGCAGGGCGGCGCGAAGUACACGCAGCCCAGGCAGGUCUUCGAGAUCGCGCCGCCCGCCUUCCGCGUGCAGGUGCCCCCCGCGCGGCCGGAGGCCGCGUCACCGAUCAAGGUCUACGGCAUCCUGGACCCACUGAGCCCGACGGCGCAGUCGGCGUCAGCGGUGCUGGCGCUGUUCGGCAUGACCUUCAACGCCGAGGUGAACCUGCUCCUGAACCCGAACGCCCGCCACAGCGAGUACCCCCUGAAGCGCUACUACAGGGAAGUCAUUCGGUGGCCGACCCGCCUUGCAGACGGCCGCAGGGUGGAGGAGGUCGAGGGCUUCGGCGACGCCGGCCGGGGCCGGGCCGAGGUGCCUUUGGCCACGCGGCACACGCUCACGGCCGCGGUGCACGUGAUGCCGACGUGGCUCGUGACGGCGCAGGAGGCGGAACACGACAUGGACAACCUGCGCCUUGUGGGCGUGGGCGACGGGAAGGUGUGCGAGACGACCUACGAGCUGCGCUCCCUGUACGUGGAGGGACAGGCCUUCAUCCUCGGCCCGGACGGCUGGCCAACGGCCCCAGCCAAGGGGCUGCAGAUCGAGGUGCUGCCGAAGGGGGCGCAGGCUGCAUUCGACGACACGAUCGUCAUGGGCAACCUGGGCUACUUCCAGGUGAGGGGCCCCCCCGGCUUGUACGACGUGGUGCUCAAGCAGGGCCCUUCGAACGACACGUUCGAGGCGGCCAGCGUGAAGGAUCUGCAGGUGGCCUCCUACGCCACGCCGCCCUACCAGGUGCGCGUGCGGACGAGGCCAGGGCGCAGCCACCAGGACCUGUUCGAGGAGGGCGGCAUGCAGGUGCCGAAGGCCUCCUUCGGCCUGUCCAGCCUGUUCGGGGGCCUCUCGUCCUUCCUCGGUGAGUCGGCCCCGGCACCGCCGCCGCCGCCGCCGACUCCGAAGGCCAGCGCCCCGACUGUCGCAGAUGGGGUUUUGCCGACCAUCCACAUCUUCAGCGUGGCGAGCGGACACCUGUACGAGAAACUACUGGGCAUCAUGAUCAUGUCCGUCAGGACCAAGACAAAAUGCCCGCUCCAUUUCUGGUUCAUCGACCAAUUCCUCUCGCCCAAGUUCAAGGAGUUCAUCCCGAAGUUCGCGAAGAAGUACAACUUCGGUUUCGACUUUGUCACCUACAAGUGGCCCUCCUGGCUGAACCCGCAAAGCGAGAAGCAGCGGCUGAUCUGGGCCUACAAGAUCCAGUUGCGCUGCCGCGCGAUUCCGCCCCCAGCGCGAUGGCGGAUCCUCUUCCUGGACGUCCUCUUCCCGAUGGACGUGCCGAAGGUGAUCUUCAUCGACGCCGACCAGGUGGUGAGGGCGGACGUGCGCGAGCUGUGGGACAUGGACCUGGAAGGGAAGGUGUACGGGUUCACGCCGAUGGGGAACACGAACCCGGACACGGAGGGCUUCCGAUUCUGGAAGCAGGGGUACUGGCAAUCUCACCUCGGCGACCUGAAUUACCACAUCUCGGCGCUCUUCGUUGUGGACCUCGUUGAGUUCCGCCGCACGUCCAUCGGCGAGACCCUCCGGGGGGUCUACAACCAGCUCAGCCGGGACCCGAACUCGCUGGCGAAUUUGGACCAGGACCUGCCGAACUUCGCCCAGCACCAGAUCCCGAUCUUCUCGCUCCCGGAGGAGUGGCUCUGGUGCGAGACGUGGUGCUCCCAGGAGAGCAAGGCGAGGGCCAAGACCAUCGAUCUCUGCCAGAACCCGCUGACGAAGGAGCCUAAGAUCGUCAUGGCCCAGCGCAUCAUCUCGGAGUGGCAGGGCUACCACGACGAGGUGCAGCGGUUCCAGGAGGAGGUCGCCGCCCUGCCCGAGGCGGCGCGGGGCGCCGAGGAGGCUCCCGGCAUUUCCAGCAAGCCCGAGCUGUGA